AUGAGGUUUGAUGACACCAUUUUAUUUUUAGACAUAGACGAAUGCUCUCAUAACAGCGACAACUGCAGCCGAUCAUCAACUGACUGCCAAAACUUUCAAGGAGGGUACGAGUGCAAAUGCAAGUCGGGCUACAAAUACAUUCAAGGAGAUAAAUUUAACUGUGAACGUAAGCAUGCCAUGUAUUUUUAGUGACUAAAAAGUUAAAGUGUCCUUAUAUUACGGCAGUAACUCGUGUUAUCAUCUCAGUAACAAACGUGAGGCCAACGGUGUGCUUCCCCCACUCUCUUCACAACGAUUUGAGGUCACACCUGGAGAUCGAACAUGGAACCUCCCGCACAGAAGACCGUGCACGAACCAACUGUACCAGUCCUUGCUCCAACUUGACUUUGACCUCAUUACAUUUUAUUUUACAUUAUAUUUCAACAAACAAAUCAUUCUUUAUUUAUUUAUUUAUUUACUUAUAGUUCGGUCUUGCCCACCCCUGGUGGAAGUAGAUGGAACUUCUGUCAGCCCGAAAGAUUGUUUGGUAGUUGGUGCAAGGAAAGUUAAGGACACCUGUACCUUCAGUUGUAAGGAGGGGUACAAGCUUCCAGACCCCAAUCAACCUACCUUGACCUGCCUGGAUACUGGGGCCUGGGAUAAGGCUGUUAUAAACUGUCAACGUGAGUAAUGAAAAGGAAAAUAUUUGGUUAUUUGCAGAAGUUUAGAUGUACGCUGUCUGAAUAUGUACAAGCUAAACUGUUUAAUACCAUAAAAUAUUUAUUAACAAUAUAUUCUGAUAGCAAAAAUUCAAACCUUAUUGUAAACAAUGAGUAUACAAGCAAAAACAUAAUAAUACUCUGUCUGGCUAAAAGAGAAAAUGAUAAGUACAUUUAAGGGAAAGUAAAACAGUAAUCGGAGCAUAUCAGUCUUCGUAAUGAUGCUCUUUUUUCUGCUCAUUAAUUUAAUUUCAAAUUCUUUUACUUAUUGUAAAAUUAAUGUCAGUUUGGCAUUUGAUCCCGAAAGUUAGGGAUCCAAAUGAUUAAAUGUAUUUCUGAGCUUUAUUUCACCAUUUUCUAGGCAAGAGCUGCCCUGCAUUACCUCCAAUUCAAGAUGGAUUACUUAUCCCAGCUUUCUGUGCGGUGACUGGGAAUUUUUUUAACCAGUCCUGUCAGUACUCUUGCAAUCAAGGUUACCGUCUAAAUGGAAUCUCUUCUCGGACCUGCCAGGCUAACGCUGAAUGGGAUGUUAAGGCAAUUCCUAAGUGCGAUAAAGGUAAAAUAGACCUUGUCACAGUUUUCGACGCCAUCUGGACGAGUAGGCAAACGUGUCCAGAAAUUACAGUGUUUGUAUGAGAAUCUGAUGUCGAACAAUUUCCGUAAAACGGCUGCUCUUAAUAAAAUAUGACUUGUAAACUAAAGCUUCAAAACAAAAGAAUUGUAUUAAGAAAAUUUUGGGGCGUACCUGUGCUUAAACUUCUCCAGAGACUUGCUUUUAGAUUUUCCCGUAUAUUUGUCUGUAAUUUUUUCCCGGGGCUUUCUUACAGACAAAUGUAUAGAAAACUUUAAAAAGUAGUUCUAGGUCUUCUAGCGCAUGUAACGCCCUUAAUUUUUUCAGUAGAAUUCUUAGGGGUGAAGCUUUGGUUUACAAUUCAUAUUUUUUCCAGAACAGCCGUACUACGGAGAUUAUUCGACAUUAGAUUCUCAUACAAACACUGUAAUUUCUCACGCGUUUGCCUACUCGUCAAGAUGGCGUCGAAAAGCGUGACAAGUUCUAUUAAACGGACCCGAUUGGACGCUAAUAGAAAAUUCAACAUCAUUAAGAAUAAGUAGAAGGAGCAUGAUCGUCGGGGUGAGCGUAGUCCUGAAUAGGAAAGUUGUUGACAGUCACUGACAACAACAGUCCUGUUCUGGGCUACUAUGCUCACCCGGGUGAUCAUGUUCCAUAGGUGCAGGGGCCGUCCACCUUUAGAGUAUUUACACUGAUAAAUGGAUCAUUCAUGCACCACUGAUCUUUCGAUCGAUGCUGUACAUCCAGCCUCUUACGGUUACCAGAGCGUUGUGUAAUUCCAAAUAUUAGCAUACAUAUUCCUUUGUUUGCUACGACUUUUUCUCCUCAGCGUCGUUUAUUUCAAGCUUGUUAACGUACGGCACUCUCUUUGGCACGAAACCAUCGCGUAGAUGAAUCGUUUUUCCCUAAUAGUCGCUGAAAACUUUUUUAUUGUAAGCUAAAAGUCCUGCAGUUGUGACUUAAAGAUGAUGACAAAUAGAGAGCAUGCGAUGAAUGGCCUGACUUCCGUCAUCCUGAGAGGGUACAAUAUGCAAUACAGCAUUUGGCGGAAAGUUGAGUUGACCUGCUGCAUGGUCUUUAGAAAGAAAUAAGCUAAAAUUACCUCAGGUUUCAAUAUUACGGUAGUUUAGCUGGAGGUCAAUAUUCAGAGACAAUGCUAUUAAGGUUCGUCUGAUUCAUUUUAUUAAAUCACAGUUUAACAAUUACAGAUUCUCUUGAGUACUUCAUUAUAGUUAUUGCUGUAUGGAAUGUGUGUGACGGCCAAAGUAUCAUCUGCUUUCGAGCUGGCCACCACCUACUUUUGAAUAUAUUAACAUAAACGAUGUUGAAGACAGAGUCAUUAACGGUAUGCUGAACGAAAUCUCCUAUGAUUUUUUUUUUCAGUGUACCCGAAGCCUUGGAUCUCAUGCCCUGACGAUGUCAUCGUCGAUCUCGCUCCAAAUAAGAAUACCUAUGACAUUACUGCACUGCUUGGGCAACCUCAGUCUAAUGUGCCGAAUAUUCAAUUGUUUCCAGAAGAGCACCGUAAUAGCCUGGUUUUUCCAUACGGUCUAACCAUACUCACAUACGUCGCCAGCAAUGAAGUUGGUACUACCGCAAAUUGCACGACAAAUAUUAUUGUUCAAGGUAAGCAUGGGCGCGAAAACUAUCAGAAAAGUUGAUAUAAAAUCGAUUUUAAAACCUUCAAAUGAUUUUGGAGAAUUACUGAAAACCAAUUCACAUCAUAAUUAAGUGUUUUCUGUCCUAGCCCGAGUAUGGUUCGUUCACGUUCCAAAAUGGAUAAUGUGCGAGGUUUUCUAUUGGAGGGUUUAAACUGUAUUACCAUGUUACACAUGACGUUCUAUGCUCAAACUUCUCGGCCUUCUACUUUCACAUUUUCACUUUACAACACGUCCUUUCAAUGAUAUAUAGCCUGCGGGAAGGAAGACGGGGAAUUCGGGCGAGGGAAGGGUAGGGUUAUGCUUGCCUUGUCCCUGUACGACGUUUUCCCAGUCCCUCUCGGUCAAUUCACUUCCGAGACGAACGGUCCCGAAACACUUUAGUCGCGCGGAAUAAUGAGGCCCACGGACUAGGCAAUUAGAGCACGGUGGCCAGAUGAAGUAUUGCUUCUUCUCAGUACAUAAGAAACAUACUAGAAGAAAAGAAUACCAGACAAUAUGGACCGUUGUAUCCAUCUUAUAACCAAGAAUGUUCCAAAUAGCUGUUUAUUCAGGAACAUCGGAGAAGUCCACAUUCAGUGUAUGCGUACUUUUACCAGUUAUUCCGUUGUGACACAUACUGGUCCUCUUUUAUCCUUUUUUUUUUCUUAAUUGCAGCUUAUCUUACUUGAUUUGCUUUACAUAGCAUUUUCUCCAUGCACACUAACAAUUUCAUCUCUUACAUAGAUAAGCAACCACCUAGCGUUGUCUAUUGUCCUGACAACAUUUAUCAGUUGAUAGUGGGUUCGACCGCAAGUGUAACAUGGAAACUGCCAGAAUUUUCGGACAAUGUUAAAGUGGUUAAAGUCACAUCAACAAAAAAUCCCGGAGACACCUUCCAACUGGGAUCCACCAACGUUAAAUAUGAUUCUUUUGAUGACAGUGGUAAUACCGUGAGCUGCACCUUUUCUGUGACGCUCAAAGGUGAAUGUGUUGAUAGUUUACAAUACCUACAUCGCUAUGUAAUGAAGCCAGUAGUUCCAUUUUAAACAAAAAUAAUAACAACAACAACACCUAGAAAAUGCGAUUAACUAAAGUUGGAUUUCUUGCAAGAAGUAAGUCUAAAGUGGAUGAGGUGGACAAAUUUUGCUCUAUAACAGGAAAACGGAUCCUUUACUAUAGAAACCCCUCAUAAGUAAAAAAUUUGAAACAUGACAGAAUGUAAUCUGUUCAAUAUCAUUAAUCCAAGUCUACCAUGGAAAGUUCUUUAAACGAAAUAGAAUGAACUUGGGUCAUGGAAAAUGCCUCCUUACCUUAGCAUGGUAUGUCCCGUACGAUACUUUAGUCAGCAGGAAUCUAGUCCAAACUGCACUAAGUGCCCGCCACAAACCAGCACCAAAACAAAUGGCUCAAAAGCGUGCACCGGUGAGCAAAUACAUGUACAGAUGUUCUUAAAAAAUCUAAUGAAGAUGCACGAAGGUUUCAGUAAAAAGGAGAAUAUAUCAAAAUAACACAAUCGUAAGAAAUGCACUACCAGCGAAGGUCUUUGAGCUCUGGUAUCAUGAAGCUACAUGCAAUUAUAAGAUGCUGCAGCCGUUAUGAUCAUCUCGUGAUUAUUGUCGCCUGCCUAGAUUUUGUCCCAAAUUCAGGAGCGAAAAGCAAUUUUUCAAAGUAAUUUUUCCUUUUUGAAUACUCACUAAUUGGACUGAACGACGCCUUACUAUUUUGUCACCAUAAAAUCAUUGUUCUCCAUUAAGAAAGCCUUAGCAUAGCGAAAUGAACCGGUUUGAAUUUAAAGCCUAAGCGGUAUGACCAUCCCAAACUUUCCACCACGAACGUUUAACAAGAACUUUCUAACUAUUAUAUAUUAGUAAAAUCCAACUAGUGGUCUAUUAUCAAUGCUACGUUCUGAUUGGUUGAGCUACUGCUACGCUAUAUGUUACAGCCAACUAGUAGCGAAAAGCGCCGGAUUUUUGGAGGCAAAAAAGGAUUUAAGUCCAGCUUUAAGUUGUUUUGUCUCCAUAUUUUUUACCAACUAGUUGGAUUUUACUAAAACAAUAAUUGUUAAUUAGCCAUUCGCUGUACUGUUUCAUUUGUUCUAUAACUAUUUAUUUUUUGCUUUUUUUUGUUGCCCUUUUGGUUUGUUAUUUAAACAGCUAAAAAGUGCGAGAAACCUGCAAAUCCAGAUAACGGAGUACUCAAGUGCGAAAAUUAUGGGCAAAUGAUGUUCUGUACAACUACCUGCAAUCCUGGUAAACAGCCAUUCCAAUACACAUUUGGCUCAAUCUGCAGUCAAUCAACUUUAAAAUGGCAGCCGAUACCGGAUUGUGUGGGUGAGUAUAGUUAAGUGGGUAACCAGUAACUUGCCACGUAAUUUGCAUUUGCCAAUUGCCCGAUUAUACACAAAAUGAAACCCAGACUAGAUGAGUCACUCUAAAUAACCAAUUAAGACUAAAAACUAUGUCGUGAAAAUUUUACUUUCGCUUACUGGUUUAUUUGUUUCUUUGAUAAAAAUAUCUUUAAAAGAAAUAAACAAUAGAAAACCAUAUAUUCAGGAAAGUUUAUUUCUACCUUCUUCAUGCCUUGGUCUUCGAGAAGGUCCUAGACGUAUUUCAGAAAGAUAGGAAAACCUGUCCGGCUGCGGGAUAAGCUUUAUAUUUUAUAAUUUACCUUAAACAAAAAAUUACUGCCAAUGCAAAUUGAAUGGCUGACAUUGAACGAUGAAUCUACUAUUGUACUAUUUUAUAGACGCUGUUCUUCUGCCUGACAGCGGAGUUUGUCCUGAUGGAAAAAUAAAGCAAGGCACCUUAGCGUCAAUGGAAAACUAUAUCAAAUAUUGUGGUGGGUAACAAAUCAUCUGGGCCCUCGUGGAAAAGUCUUUUGCUACCCGAAAUGGUGUGGUUUUGGUCACUUUAAUACCGUCAUAUUGUAUUUUUCUUUUUUUACAGUGAGUUGUCCUCAUGGAAUGAAAUAUGAUAAUGCACUGAAAGAUUGCGUGGUAUGUCCCGUAGGCUACUUUAGUCAGCAGGAAUCUAGUCCAAACUGCACUAAGUGCCCGCCACAAACCAGCACCAAAACAAAUGGCUCAAAAGCGUGCACCGGUGAGCAAAUACAUGUACAGAUGUUCUUAAAAAAUCUAAUGAAGAUGCACGAAGGUUUCAGUAAAAAGGAUAAUAUAUCAAAAUAACACAAUCGUAAGAAAUGCACUACUAGCAAAGGUCUUUGAGCUCUUAUAUGAUGAAGCUACAUGCAAUUAUAAGAUGCUGCAGCCGUUAUAAUUACCUCGUUAUUAUUGUCGCCUGCCUAGAUUUUGUCCCAAAUUCAGGAGCGAAAAGCAAUUUUUCAAAGCAAUUUUUCCUUUUUGAAUACUCACUAGUUGGACUGACUAUAAAACGACGCCUUACUAUUUUGACACCAUAAAUUCAUUGCUCUCUAUUAAGAAAGCCACUCAAUUUAAAGGAACUCAAAUUAACUCAGCUUUAUUUAGAUUUCUAGUAAAGAAUCAUUCAACGAAUUUUUGACUGAGUUUCCGCUUCAUCAUUGAAUAUGCGUUUGUCAGAUUUGUGCGAUAAAGGAGAGUCGUCUGCCGAUGGAUUUGACAAUCCUAAUCAUGACGCCUGCCAUCUGUGCUCCAUGGGUUUCUAUCAGGAUCAGUAUGGUGCUACGAGCUGCAUGCAAUGCCCCAGUGGAUUAACAACUAAAGCAAAGGGUUCCAUCACUCGGGACGAUUGUGGAAGUAUGUGUCGAUAUUUAUUCUUGAGCUUUUUGUACUUUAAGCAUAUUUAUAACCGGCUUUUUUUGGUUUUCUGAGAAUACGGGGAAGGGGAGCAAAUCCUCUGCCCACCUUUACCACCACCUAGCUACAUUCCGUAAUUCUAAUAAGCUUUAUUAUUCAUUCAAAAUAUUUCCCCAAUUAUGAUUGGCUUAAAGCACACGCAAAAUUCACCAUAACCAGUUACUGAUGACCAAAUUUGGAAGAAUUGUGUGUUUAACGAGGAAAUGACGUCAAAAAUGCAGCCCGCUACAGGUUAGGGCACCGUUACCGAGAAGACAUGGGGACGAGGUUGAGUUGUUUGGGUUGUGAAAAAAAAAAUGGGGAACAUUUCACUCGUUUUUGUUACCCUUAUCGAUCUGCUUAAUUCUUCAUAUACUACAAAAGCCGAAUUCAUUAAUUGCUUUAUUAUUCAUUCAAAAUAUUUCCCUGAUUAUGAUUGGCUAAAAGCACACGCAUAAUUCACCAUAACCAGUUUCUGAUGACCAAAUUUGGAAGAAUUGUGUGUUUAACGGGGAAAUGACGUCAAAAAUGCAGCGUUCGUGCUGGUUAAGGCACCGUUAACCGUGAAGACCUGGGAACGAGGUUGAGUUGUUUUGAUUGUAAAAACGAAAAAUGGCGGACAUUUCACUCGUUUCAAGAGUAAGAACUAGGCGAAAAAAUAGCUAAAAACAUGGCCAGAACAGCAAGAAGACAACUCGAAGGACGACAUCUGCUAUUUGGAGAAUAUUUGCGGAGCUGGACAAACCUAAACGUGCACUAUCGAAGAUGAACUUAACAUCGAUGGAUCGAUGGAGGUAAGCAUGUUUUAGCCAUGUUUUUAAACUACGAAUUAUCUUGAAUGAAUAAUAAAACAAUUAUUGAAUUCGGCUUUCUUAUAAUAUGAAGAAUAACACCCUUCUCGAUCUCCAUAAUUCCUCAUAAGAUAAUUAAUUGUUAAGUUAUUAUUCAAGUUGGACCCGGGUUCGUCUCGGUCCAUAAAAGAAUAUAAAGAACUUCGCCUAUAGCCAGCCAUCUUGGCGCAACAAGCUUGGUCGAUAACAGAUUUAAUCUAGUUUUUCUCGCGCAAACAAAGCUGGCAAGAUAGGCCCAUCUUGCGUGCUCCAAUAGCCAAUCAGAAUAAAGGAUUCUCUCUAUCUUGCUCGCUUGCGGAGACAGCCGUCAAGCAAUAAAACUUCUACAUUUAACAAACCUUUAACCACCAGGAUUUAGAUUUAGAUUUUAACUGUCUUUGACUAAAAAAGACAGCUCCGAAAACGAACAUUGACUGCCAGGCCAACAGGUGCCCGGCAGGAUUAAACUCACUUCUGUUUAGCGAACUCAGGCAGAUGAGUUACUGGCUGCCAAAUUUCUAUAUGUACCGAUCGGCUCCCUGUUUGCCUUUGUAACUGCCUUACUGUGGAUUCCUUAUGCCCACAGCCAUUCCCUCAGUUUCUUCUUUUGGACCACCUUCCACGGCAGUCAACGUGAGUGAGAACGGCAGAGCGGAGUUUGUGUGCAUGGGAUCUGGACCCCCGGCACCCACCUUCCUGGUUAAAAAAGUAAAACCAGUACCAGGUAAGUUUUUUUAUUUAUUUAUUUUCAUUUAUCGCUUAUAGUUUAGCAUCUUUUAUUAGUAUAACCAAGAAACCUGUAGGCAAGGUACGAUGGGGACAAGGCCGCCAGAUGAGUAAAGCAUAACCACACAGCCACUAGGUUGUCCUUCGCAAGAACUACGCCUAAUGUCAGUCUCUAUAAGUUGCAUCAGGAGCUGCAUAUAACUAGAAGGAGAUCGUAUCAAUCAACUUCUUUAUGUUAAACCAUAAGCCCAGGAGUUUGAAUUCUGUGAUCUUGUCCAAGAGAGGUACUUUCCGAGACACACAAAGUAACGUUUAAUCACCACGUUAAUUAACCCGAAAAAUUUUUUUUCUUAAUUUUUCUUUUUAGAUGGAUUCGGUGGACCUCUGAAAGUAGACGAAAUAAAGUCGGGUAAUGUUGUGACAGGAAUACGCUACGUCAUACUCAGCACAACAGAACACGAUAAAGGACUGUACUCCUGCACGGUUACUAACAAGUUUGGCUCUGAUACCAAGUAUCUUAACUUGUAUGUACAUGUGCAUGUGGAUUCCGGUGGGAAUGGUUCUGGUUCAGGUAAGGGUGGGAUAAAUAUA